AUGUCUCAAAGCAAGAGUGUAUUCCAAUUCGAAGGCAGCGACACUGAUUACAUAGCCUUCCUUGAGAUUCGGCUUUCAGCUGCCUUAAACCAAGGAACUAGCCAGGCUUUCAUUAGCUCGGCGACUUCGCUAUGCGAUGCUCCAGCGACCACAUCAUCGGAUUCUCAAACGAGUACUUCUACGGCUGCACUAGCAGACUCUCAGCAUGGCACUUCAGCUAUAGCAUCAACAUCAUCAGCGGACUCUCAGCCCAGUAUGUACUGGCACAAUAUUGACUGA